AUGGAGCCUUUCCUGCGCGACUGGCGCCAGGACGCGCUCAACAAAGCCCAGUACGACUCGGCCAUCUUUAUCGGCGACAAGCUCCUUGCCCUGACGGGGGCCGACGAAGAUGCCUUUUGGCUCGCCCAGGUUCACUUUGCCAUGGGCAACUAUACCCGUGCCCAGGCCCUGUUGUCUAAGUCCGACCUGAUUGCCCGCAACGCGUCGUGCCGCUACCUCGCCGCCCACUGCCUAAUCAAGCAGAGUCGCUUCGACGACGCGCUCGCUGUCCUUGGCGAACGAAACCCGACACACCUGAUCCCGACGUCGGCGAACAAGCGGAAAGCGCCAAGCGGAGCGGGUGCUGCGGGCAGCGGCAACGGUGGUGGCGAGAAGGUACACCCUGCUGGCAGCAGUAGCAACAUCAAUCCAAGCAACGAACGAGGAGCAGGGAGCGGCCCAGCCAACCCGCCAGGGAACCACGGUGGCAAGAAAUCAACAGCGUUUGGAGCAGGAGGCAAGUCGUCGACAACAGCAAAAGGCCAUGCUAACAGCCGGUCCAUUGGUGGUGUCCCAGACCGAGGAGACCGGGCUGGGGCUGCGUCGUCGUUGGAGAGCCGGCGGAGGGAACGCGAGGCCAGCAUCGAGGCAGAAGCCGCUGCUGCUGCUGCGGCGGCGGCAGCAGCCUCCGCAGCAGCCGCCGCAGCCGUGGCUGCCGCCGAGGCAUCUAACCGGCGCUACGAGGCGGGCAUGUGUUACCUACGCGGCAUCUGCUACGCCAAGCAAAACGUCUUUGACCGGGCCAAGGAGUGCUACAAAGACGCCGUGCGCAUCGAUGUGCAGUGCUUUGAGGCCUUUCAGCAGCUCACCAAGAACCAGCUGAUGGCACCGGACGAGGAGUGGGAGUUCCUCGAGUCGCUCAACUUUGACAGCAUUGCCAUGAGCCCUCUCGCCGCCAGCGAAAACGGCAGCACAUCCGCCGAAGACGCCGUCCAAGAGGCGGCCGACUUCACCCGGAUGCUGUACAGCACACGCCUGUCCAAGUACCGGAACCCGGAAACGUUCGCAGCUGCGGCCGAGUCCCUCGCCUCACACUACCGCCUGGGCAACAACGCGGACCUGCUGCUGGCCCGUGCCGACCUAGCCUACACACAGUGCCGCUACGAAGACGCACUGGCCCUCACGAGUGCCGUGCUCGAGGAGGACCGUUACAACUUUGGCGCCUACCCGCUGCACCUGGCAUGUCUCUUCGAGCUGCGCAUGAAGAACGUGCUGUUCCUCGUGGCCCACGACCUGGCCGACCAGCACCCCGAAGAGCCUUGUACAUGGUUGGCUGUGGGCGUCUACUAUUUUGCCACGGACCGCAUCGCCGAGGCGCGCCGCUACUUUAGCAAGGCCAGCAUGAUGGACGCCCACUAUGGCCCGGCGUGGAUUGGUUUCGCGCACACCUUUGCCGCCGAGGGCGAGCACGACCAGGCUAUCUCUGCCUACUCGACAGCCGCUCGUCUCUUCACGGGCACGCAUCUGCCGCAAGUCUUCUUGGGCAUGCAGCACCACGCCAUGAACAACAUGACCGUGGCCGAGGAGUUUUUGAAGACGGCCUACAGUCUGUGCCGCGAGGACCCGUUGCUGCUCAAUGAGAUGGGUGUUGUGUGCUACCACCAGGACCGGGCCAAGGACGCUGCCACGCUGUUCCGCAAGGCUCUCGAGGUGGCCGACGACAUGGACUGUGACCCGCAGGCAUGGCUUAGUGCGCGCAUCAACCUCGGUCAUGCCUACCGGCGUAUGCGGCUGUUCCGCGAGGCUCUGGCCCAGUUUGACGAGGUUCUGCGGCUGGGCGGCAAGAAUUCGGCCGUCUUUUCGGCCAAGGGCCUUAUCCUGCUCGAGCGGGGCCGCCCAGACGAGGCGGCUGUCGUGCUGCACGAGGCGCUGGCCAUUCGGCCGCAGGAUCCCAUUGCCACCGAUCUGCUUAACAAGGCGCUCUUUGAGAUGUCAGUCAGUAACAAUGUGCUGCAGCUUGCGGGCGGUAACAGCGGCUCGGCUGGCAGUCUCGGCACGGGUGCUGGUGCUGGCGGUUCCGGCGGCAUGCCUGGCAGCACAGACGACCAGGAGAACAGCCUCGGGUAUGAUAUAGACAUGGGCCAAGGCUUGGGUGGCGGCUUCGAGGCAGCCGUGGACGACGAUAUGGACACGGCCACGGCGGCCAGCUUCGAGAACGACCUGCUCCAAAAGCGCCUGGCAGCACGGCAGCAACUGGUCGAUGCCGUCGGCGGUGGGCCCGCGGCGGCAGCACGCGCCACCCGGUUGAAGCAAAAGCGAAAGAGCAAGGGCAAAGGGAACAGCCUCGGCGCGGCAGGUGGUGGUGACGAAUCCGCUUCCACAGGCUUGAUGGAGGGCAUCAUGGAGGGCGGCGAUCCUGAGGGUGUUGACGGUGCAGCAGGCUCCUCCGAAGGUAACGACGCGGCGGUUCGAGACCGGCAACAGAGAGCGGCGCGCAACCACUAUAUGUCAGCACAACUGCAGCGACAGAUGCGCUCGGCCGCUGCUGAGGCCCGGCGAGCGGUGCAUGAAGCGGCAGCUGCCAGGGGUGCAGGUGGUGGAGGCGGAUCUGGCGCACAUCCAGGCGACGGUGAUGGUGGUGGUGGUGGUGAAUAA